AUGGCUCUUAAAAACGUGAUUAUCGUUGGUGCCGGUGGCCACCUCGGGCCCUCUAUCUUGUCCGCCUUCAGUAGUGAUACAAGAUUCAACGUCUCUGUACUAAGUCGUCAAUCUUCACUUUCAACAUUUCCCGAGACUGUGAAGGUGUACCGCGUUGGCGAUGAGUAUCCUGCUGAUGAAGUUUUGGAUGCCUUCAAAGGCCAAGAUGUUGUUAUUUCCACCAUUGCAACUGCGAGCGCCACGAAGCAGGAACAUCUUAUCGACAUCGCUAUCAAGGCUGGUGUUCAGAGAUUUGUGCCUUCUGAAUUCGGAAGUGACACCUCAAACGAGAAAGCAGUACAAAUUUUGCCACAAUACUUUGGCGGGAAGAAGGCAACGGUCAACUAUUUAAUCGGAAAAGAAAAGGAAGGUCUGACAUGGUCUGCAUUUGUGACCGGCCCUUUUUUUGAGCUGGCAAUGGCGGGUUUCAUGGGAUUUGAUAUUUCAAUCCGUAAAGCCGUCAUUUAUGGAAACGGAGAGGGCUCCUGGUCCACCACGACUUUGCCAUCCAUUGGCCUUGCAGUCAAGAAUUCCCUGUUACUGCCCGAAAAGACAGCCAACAGAUACAUCUACACUUCCACCUUUACUAUCAAACAAAACGAGGUUUUAAAGGCAUUAGAGAGAAUUACCGGUUCAAAGUUUGACGUCGAGUAUGUGGAUGCCGAGGCUCAAAAGACAGCAGGCAUCGAAAAGUUGUCCAAAGGUGACUUCAGUGGUGCGAUGCUAUUGAUCCGUUAUAUUAACACAGUGGAUGGACAUGGUGGUAACUAUGCACUUUACAAACCUACUGAUAAUGAGCUACUGUCAUUGCCUACGGAGGACCUUGAGGAGGUAUUGACGAAGAUUGUUAACAACUGA